AUGGGAAGCGUGCUGAGCGGGGCCACGGCGUCAUCCCGCGCGUGCACGAAUAACGUCGGCACGUGGAUGAGUGAGACGAGCUGUGCGUUGUUCGCGUGCCGGAGGCGGAGCGUCAUCAGCGCCAAGUUCAGCGCGGGCCCCGAAUGGAGCCGUUCGUCGCCCUUCACCUUUCUUGUCUUCCCCGCCACUGCGCCGCUGCAGUUGCGCUCUGAGGCGGGUGUCGCGUGCAUCGGUAGCGGCAUCUCCGCCUGCCCACGCGCCAUAUCGAAGAGCGGUGACACACGACGUGUAGUGCUCUCCUGUGAGAUACGGAGAUGCUGCUGCGCGUCCGCGUCGCCUCCGCCGGUGUUGCGUGUGGAGUCUAAGCUGAAGAUGCCGUCGUUGUUUUCAACGACAGACUGCGGCAGCACCAUCGUAGCAUGA